UUUACUUAGUUAAAAGCGUUCAUAACUUAGAUAGAGCCUCCAGCAAACUAGGUUCUUCAAUGGCGGUACCCGAGCGAACGAACGGUAUGAUUGGAGACGACGACAACGACGUUGAAGAUGGCCUCUAUGAAGUACAAACUGUCGUUGAAUUCGAGGAGACUCCUCCCCACCUCCGUGACCUCGCCGCCGCCUCUCAGUCCGGUGACCUCCCUGCCCUCCGCCAAGCGCUCGAUGACUUGGAUGGCCAUAUUGAUGAGCCUAUUGAAGACGGAGAUACCGCUCUCCACCUGACAUGUCUCUAUGGUCAUUUGCCUUGUGUUCAGCUGCUCUUGGAACGAGGAGCCUCCUUGGAAGCCAAAGAUGAAGAUGGAGCAAUUCCGUUGCAUGAUGCUUGUGCAGGGGGAUUUACUGAAAUAGUUCAAUUCCUUAUCAGCAGAGCCUUCGAUCCAGAAUGCUUGAGAAGGAUGUUUGAUGCUGUUGAUGUCGAAGGUGACACUCCGCUUCAUCAUGCAGCACGAGGUGAACAUCUAGAUGUUGUAAGGUUGCUGCUCGCUCAUGGGGCUUCUCCUAAUAAGAAAAACAUAUAUGGCAAGAUUCCAGCCGAGCUAGCUGAACCAGAGACGGAAGUGAAGAGGCUUUUAGAAGCUGCUGCAAAUGCUAUAUCAUCUUAAUGUCAGUCCCCCAUAAAUUUAUAGACAAAUAGGUUUCAUUUUAUGUGUACUUCUCAGUACUAGACAUAUUCAUGUACUAGACAAAUAGGUUUCAUCUUUAUCAUAGGAUUUGAUGGAAGUUUUAGUGUUUUUUUUUCAUUAUCAAGAGAAUACCCAAUUUUUUGUUUAAGAAAGACAGAUUCCCACAUUUCUGCCAAUGCCCCUGUUAACAGAGGAUUGAAGAAGAUUGAUUCUUUGGGAGAUUGUAAACAUUUCAAAUAUGUGAAAAUCUUAGCUUGUUUAUGUCACGUCUGCUUGUUUAUGACAUGAUAAUGGCGUAAACACGGUCUGUUCAGUGUGUUUUGACGUCUAAAUUGAACCAAAUUAGUUAGUUGAACAUUUUUUUAUCUAAUUUCAACUAUCAGUUAUCAGCUAAUAUUUAAUAUUGCAUCACGAUAGACGUAUAAGAUAGAAA